AAGAAAUCUCCACAAUUACCUCCUGCUCCCUCCCCCGUAUCACUACCGACGAGCUCUAAGCCCUCCACCUCAUCGUGAUGGCUGCCACCGCCACCCUCGGCCUUGUCAACCUCCUUCCGAAGCGUAAUGGAAACCGUUCCUCUGGUCUCAAGCCAUUCCCUAAUCCCCGGCCGCCCUGCCUGCCCCGCCUCCCCUCCGCCCCUCGCCCCCAUCUGCCCUCUCCGGCCCUCCCACUCCUCUCCGAUGCCCCUUCCAUCCUCCCCGCCGCCGCCGCCGUCGCCUUCUCUCUUCCUCUCUUCUUCCACCCUCAGGACGCGCUUGCCCUGGACGGGGAGUUCGGAAUCUUGGAAGGGCGGACCUUUGCGUUGGUCCACCCAGUGGUGAUGGGCGGCCUGUUCUUCUACACGCUAUGGGCAGGGUAUUUGGGGUGGCAGUGGCGGCGGGUCCGCACCAUCCAAAAUGAGAUCAAUGAGCUCAAGCAGGCGGCCCCAGCUGCCCCCAUGACCAUCGCCGCUGGAUCUGACGCCGAAGCUUCGCCUCCGGCAUCUCCGACUCCUGCGGAGGCAAAGAUUCAGCAGCUAACCGAGGAGAGGAAGGCGCUGUUGAAGGGCUCAUAUAGGGAGCGGCACUACAAUGCGGGCUCGAUACUGCUGGGGUUCGGCGUGUUGGAGGCGGUGGGUGGAUGCCUCAAUACGUGGAUUCGGACAGGGCAGCUCUUCCCGGGCCCUCACUUGUUCGGUGGCGCUGGAAGGAAAUAAGUCAGAGGGUCAAAGUGAAGAAAACAAGGAUUCUGCAUGGACUUGGUUUUCUAGGAGUGAGAUCUAGAGAUCAUACCCAUGGCUGUUCGUUUACACUAUGGGGGAGCAGAGAAGUUUGGUCUUUUUUAUUCCAAUAAUUUGGCCAUCUAUUGUAUCAAGGGAAAAAAAGACAACCUUUAUUUAUGCUUUAAAUAUGUUUGAAUUUUUUGGAAAAUCCUUCAAUUCAUAACCUUGUGAAACCAUAUUAUAGAGUUAUUUAGAUUUCCAAAACUUGAUUUGGAAUUGCUUGACAUUUCUUUUACUUAUCUAUCUCUAGUUUCGGUCUUAUUCUUAUGACACUACGAGUCAAAAAUAGGAUCCCAAAUAACCAUUUAAGUAGCCAUUAAAUGUAAAAAGAAAAGUUCUUUAAGAGUAACAAAAAUGUCAAAGAUAAUGACUUGUUGGGAGGACAAUCCUGUUGCAAGACCUAGAUUACUUUGAGUUCAGAUACUCUGUUGUAUAGUUCAUGAGCACAAGUGCAGCACACUCCUCCCAAUAUCCAGACCACCUAUCCAGUGGUUUCAUGUAUCUUAGGGAGAUCCGGAUAGAUGCAGUAUGGCAGAUGAUCGACCUAAUCGAGUGUGUCAAAUAUGCUCCAGCAGUAAAUGGUUUCACUGUCCAAGUUCACCCCAACUCCUUGAGCUAAAAGAAAAGAUUAUUGAUUUCCUCGCUAGUCAUCACAUAACAGAAUUUGUCGAUUUAGCAGAGCUUGACGAAACUGAACGAAACACACUGAUUUUUAUCUUAAUCGAAAUUUCAACAUUGUUUUAGUCAGUAGCACAUGGUGAACUUGAGGCGGUAGUCUUAGGCACUUUCAUGGGGCUUGUGGAAUAGGAUAUUUAUAGAUACCAGAGACGAUCUUUUUUUCUUCAAGGAGACUGUUGCAAAUGAAAGGCAUUCAGUUUCAUCACAGACGAAAAUAUAUUUUUAUCUUUAAUUUUGAUUAACUAUCAUUGUUGUGAAUGCUGAUCAAUUUGCUUUUGCUAAGCACUUUUGAUUCUAAGUGAUCAUAUCUAGCUUAAACUUAACCCAGCACUUGUAG